AAAUAAUUAAUUAAUUAAUUAAUGGCAAAGCUGAAGAUGCUUGCAGAAUCUUACUACAUACCAAAGAAUGAAACAGGCGAUGACGCCACCUUUUUCAGCCAGUCAGCGCAGGUGAUCGGAGUUGCCGACGGAGUCGGCGGGUGGUCGACGGAAGGCAUCGACGCCGGAGAAUACGCAAGACAGCUCAUGAGAAACGCCUAUGCCGCCGCGGUCAAGGAGUACCGCCACCGCCCCAUAUUCCAAGUGGACCCCAAGGAAGUUCUCAGGCAUGCUUUCUUGAAUACCGCGGAGAUGGGUUCUUCCACGGCCUGCAUAAUAUCAUUCGCCGCCGCCCCCGUCGGAAAAAUGAUUCUCCGGGCGGCGAAUGUGGGCGACAGCGGAUUCAUGGUGAUCAGGGGCGGCGGGACUGUUUACAGGUCGCCGGUGCAGCAGCACAGUUUCAACUUCCCUUACCAGUUGGAGUAUUCGUCGGAGAAGCACAGCCACCGGCAGGCGGCGGAGCUGGCGGUGGAGGUGGAGAGCGGCGACGUUGUCGUCGCCGGGACGGACGGUUUGUUUGAUAAUUUAUUCGCCGGGGAUAUAGAGAGGAUUGUUGGGGACUAUUGCAUGGAUUCGAUGUUUUCUUUGUCGGAGACACUGGCUAGGGCGGCGCACGGGAGAUCUCGGGAGACGACGACCGUAAGCCCGUUUCAGGUGGCGGCUAACGAGGCGGGAAUUCGAUAUGUCGGAGGGAAAUUAGAUGACAUCACCGUUGUCGUUGCUUACGUUGUACCCGACACUAGUAGUUCGUACGGAGGCGGCGAUGGUGAUGUUAUGGAUGUUGAUUGUUGAUAUUCUUUAAUUUGUAUAGAUUAUAAAUUCGUCUAAUGUUCAAAUAAUCUAUGUAUUGUGUUUUGGUGAAUUAAUUAAAAUUGAAAAGGGAUUAUUUGGAUGAGAAAUUCGUGAAUUAUAUUGUUUGAUUAUCGUAAUUU